AUGGAUCCGAUAGCUUCAGAUAAAAGCGACGUCAUGGUGUCCGGGGUGCGGGAACCAGCCAUGUAUGGUCUGUUUGUCCUCUUAGCAUGCUUCAAGAGCCCGGCCAGCACGCAGCUCGCUGAAGGGAGGGAGCUGGUAGGUAGCUUUCGUGCGGCCGUUGGAGUUGCUAGAUCUUUGACACCUUUGACAUGUUUGAGCGGAGGGUUGCAAUCAAGGUCUGCACAAACUUUGUUAGAACCCCCUGAGAGUAACCCGUCGAAUGUUGGUGAUGUACGAAAAUGUCUCACGUUGCGCGGAGGAGAUGAGAGCUCCAAGAAGAAGGUCAGGGGGAUAAGGAAAGAGAUCAAGGGAGUAGAGAAAGAGAUCAAGAGUGCAGGGCGACAGAAUCGGAGGAGGCAUGCAGAACUUCGUGAAGACAAGAAGCAGCUUUGGAAGAAAGUGAAGCAGCCACGACAGCUGCUACCAUUGAAAGAGGAGCCCUGUCCCAAGAGUCCCUUGCCGGGAGCAAGCAUGGCUUGCACAGAAUCAGAAGCUCGGCUUGACGGUAUGGGAUUUUGCAAGGAGGAGAAAUACUUCCGUCUAGAUCGCUCUUGCUCAAGGGGCACAAAUGUAAACAGCGGAGAGCAUCUUCUUCUCUACUGCCGACAAGCCUUCCUGGAGCAGUUCCGUUUCCUGCGAGAGCAAGUGCUAGAGCAUGGUGCUCUUGGAUGGAUACAAGGCUGUCCAGGAACAGGGAAGACAACAACAACGCUUUCGUUUUGUAUGGUGCUGGAUAGGAAUGAGUGGAGCUUCACAUGCAUCAGGCUGAAGGCCAUAAGCGACACCUUUGUCGUGGAGGUUUCAGGCAACAGGAGAAGAACAUACUCUGUCGCAACGGAGUCUGAGUGGAAACAGAUGACACUGUUGCUUGAAGGGUUGUCAGACAGCAAAAAGAGCCUCAUGGUACUCGAUGGCUAUUUGUCUUACCAAGAAUCUCACAAGAGAGCUUUGGUAGCAUGUGUAGGAUGGCGGGAAGCCGACAGGCAAAAUCGACGUCUUGUUGUGGUGAUGUCAUCGGCGUUUCGAGGAAAGAUCUACGAUGAAGAGGAUCGAGAGUUGGGGCUGAAGGAGCACAUAGUUCCAUCAUGGAGGAUCGAUGAAUAUCUAGAGGCAGUGCAGUUUGACGAGUUUUACAAUCAGGUGGCCCCUUCCUUGGAGAUGAAUGUCACAGGAGAGAUUUUGAGUCUCGAGAUGACUACAGGGUCGAAAUCGAAACAACAGCGAGUAAGGCAUAAGCAUUACCUAGCAGGUGGGUCAUGUCGGUACAUGUUCGACAUGACUGCGGCGGAGGUCCUUCGGUGUUUCCUCGGAGGAUAUCACGAAUCGGCUGAUUGCCAGUACGAACACACGGACUCUCUUCCCCACACGAGGGCGUGUCUUAAACCAAUCAGUGAAUUUCAAGGUGGCUACGACGCAAUCAUUGUAGAUCAGGAUGAGAAGGUCGUACAGUUUUUUCAGCUGACAGUGUCAAUGGAUCACUCUCUCAAGCUCUGGUGGGACAUGGACGAUAAGGAUUGUUUUGUCGUCCCGCCGGAGAACAAGGAGUUAUUCCGAAUAGCCCCUGUCGAGGAUGCCGGGGCGCUAGAGCAGUACAUGUGGAAGAAAGGGGAGGAGCUGUCAAUGGCCCAGGUGGCGAAAUCAGAAGCUCGGCUUGACGGGGCACAAAUACAAACAGCGGAGAGCAUCUUCUUCUCUACUGCCGACAAGCCUCAGGGCACCGACGUGGCCAUGCAGCGAACCCGAGGCAGUGGGCCGACUAAGAGGAGGUUGGAGUUCGAGCAGGAGGUUAAAAUCUUGCAGCAGUGA